GCUCUCCCGGCCCUGCCCCGGGGCCGAGGGAUUGCGUCCCGAACCAGGCUUGGGAACCGGCUGCCUCUCAAAUGAACCUCUAGUCUUGCUUUGAAAAAGCCAUUUUGUGUAACUCUUGACUGAAUAAUUUCCUAACACACCUGUUGGGAGGAUCACUGAUACAGUAUGCCAUUUGAGAGGUACUUUUUCUUGACCAAAUACUCUCUUGGUGACUAGAGAAGAGAGGUGUUUUUGUUUUUUUGUUUUUGUUUUCCUGGUCAUUAUGAACAUUGGCUUUUCACCCCUGAAGUAAAAAUGUUGAAAACCGAGUCUUCAGGUGAACGAACCACUCUCAGAAGUGCCUCUCCUCACAGGAAUGCAUAUAGAACUGAGUUCCAGGCGCUGAAAAGUACCUUUGACAAACCCAAGUCAGAUGGGGAACAAAAAUCAAAAGAAGGUGAGGGCUCCCAGCAGAGCAGGGGGAGGAAAUAUGGCUCCAAUGUCAACAGAAUUAAAAAUCUAUUUAUGCAGAUGGGUAUGGAACCCAGUGAAAAUGCUGCAGUCAUAGCCAAAACAAGAGGGAAAGGUGGACCUUCAUCUCCACAGAGAAGAGUGAGGCCCAAAGAAUUCCUGGAAAAAACAGAUGGCUCAGUUGUUAAGUUGGAGUCCUCUGUUUCAGAACGAAUUAGUAGAUUUGACACAAUGUACGAUGGCCCUUCAUAUUCUAAGUUCACAGAGACUCGGAAGAUGUUUGAGAGAAGUGUGCAUGAGUCAGGGCAAAACAACCGCUAUUCCCCAAAGAAAGAGAAAGCUGGAGGGAAUGAGCCUCAGGAUGAAUGGGGUGGUUCCAAGUCCAACAGAGGCAGUACUGAUUCCUUGGACAGCCUUAGCUCCCGGACAGAGGCUGUCUCCCCAACUGUGAGUCAACUGAGUGCAGUAUUUGAGAACACCGAUUCCCCCAGUGCCAUGGUUUCUGAGAAGGCUGAAAACGAAUACUCAGUGACUGGGCAUUAUCCCCUGAAUCUACCAUCUGUUACUGUUACAAAUCUUGACACCUUUGGUCACCUUAAGGAUUCGAAUUCUUGGUCUCCUCCAACCAAACACGGUGACGAUGCAGAGGAUGCUCAGAAGAGUAAUACGAGUCCACUACCAGAAGUGGCUUCGAAAAGUACCUCUCUAGCUUCAGUGCCUGGUGAAGAAACACAGCAGAGCGAGGAAGCCGACGACUCCACAUCUAACCAAGAGACUCCUGACAGAAUUGACAGAGACAUUCCCGAGGAACGUUGUGCUGCAGAUAAGGCAAUGCCAGAGUCUGAAAUCCUUUCCCCACAGAACGAACCUUUAGAAGAUGCUGAAGCUAAUUUAGUUGGGAGUGAGGCAGCAAUGCAUCAGAAGAAGGAACUUGCAGGUGGUGAUUUUACCUCUGCUGAUGCUCCUGGAUCGAGUUGUGGAAAGGAAGUACCCGAAGAUUCAAAUAAUUUUGAGAGUUCCCAUGUUUACAUGCACAGUGACUAUAACGUGUAUAGGGUAAGAUCCAGGUAUAAUUCAGACUGGGGAGAGACCAGCACGGAACAGGGUGAGCAGGAAGAUAGUGAUGAAAACAAUUACUAUCAACCUGAUAUGGAAUACUCGGAAAUUGUUGGACUGCCAGAAGAAGAAGACAUCCCAGCAAAUAGGAAAAUUAAGUUUAGUAGUGCUCCAAUUAAGGUUUUCAGCACAUUCUCCAACGAAGACUAUGACAGGAGAAACGAUGAAGUGGACCCCGUGGCUGCUUCUGCUGAGUAUGAACUUGAAAAGCGUGUAGAAAAGCUGGAACUUUUCCCAGUGGAACUAGAGAAAGAUGAGGAUGGACUUGGUAUAAGCAUUAUUGGAAUGGGUGUCGGAGCAGAUGCCGGACUUGAAAAGCUGGGAAUAUUUGUCAAGACAGUAACAGAAGGUGGUGCUGCCCAGAGGGAUGGCAGAAUACAAGUCAAUGACCAGAUUGUGGAAGUGGAUGGAAUCAGCUUGGUGGGUGUCACACAGAAUUUUGCUGCAACGGUUCUCAGAAACACCAAGGGCAAUGUCAGAUUUGUUAUUGGGCGAGAAAAGCCAGGACAAGUGAGUGAGGUUGCCCAGUUGAUAAGCCAGACACUGGAACAAGAAAGGCGCCAGAGAGAGCUGCUGGAACAGCACUACGCCCAGUACGACGCCGACGAUGAUGAGACAGGAGAAUAUGCCACAGAUGAAGAGGAGGAUGAGGUAGGACCUGUUCUGCCUGGCAGCGACAUGGCCAUUGAAGUCUUUGAGCUGCCUGAGAAUGAGGACAUGUUUUCCCCAUCAGACCUGGACACAAGCAAGCUCAGUCACAAGUUCAAAGAGUUGCAAAUCAAACAUGCAGUUACAGAAGCAGAGAUUCAAAAAUUGAAGACCAAGCUGCAAGCAGCAGAAAAUGAGAAAGUGAGGUGGGAACUAGAAAAAACCCAACUCCAACAGAAUAUAGAAGAGAAUAAAGAGAGAAUGUUGAAGCUGGAGAGCUACUGGAUUGAGGCUCAGACGUUAUGCCACACGGUGAAUGAGCACCUCAAAGAGACUCAAAGCCAGUAUCAGGCCUUGGAGAAGAAAUACAACAAAGCAAAGAAAUUGAUCAAGGAUUUUCAACAAAAAGAACUUGAUUUCCUCAAGAGACAGGAAGCAGAAAGAAAGAAAAUAGAAGAUUUGGAAAAAGCUCAUCUUGUGGAAGUUCAGGGUCUGCAAGUACGGAUUAGAGAUUUGGAAGCUGAAGUGUUCAGACUCCUGAAGCAAAAUGGCACACAAGUUAACAAUAACAACAACAUCUUUGAGAGAAGAACAUCUCUGGGUGAAGUCUCCAAAGGAGACGCCAUGGAGAACUUGGAUGUCAAGCAGACAUCUUGUCAAGAUGGCCUAAGUCAAGACUUGAAUGAGGCAGUCCCCGAGACAGAGCGCCUGGAUUCAAAAGCACUGAAAACCCGAGCCCAGCUCUCUGUGAAGAACAGACGCCAGAGGCCCUCUAGGACAAGACUCUAUGAUAGUGUCAGUUCAACAGAUGGGGAAGACAGUCUGGAACGAAAGCCUUCAAACAGUUUCUAUAACCACAUGCACAUUACCAAAUCACUUCUGCCCAAGGGUUUGAGAACUUCUCCAGAAUCAGAUUCUGGUGCUCCAUCCCUCACCCCAGCGGCUGGCAGUGUGCCCUUCUCAUCUGACCACAUAACUGAAUUUCAAGGAAGACCGCUGCACCCAGGAGGGGAGCCUCCCUCCUCGACAUGGGCACACGCUUCCUUCUCCUCUCCUUCAAAAUCUGACCAUGAGACGGAAGAAUCUCCCUGCCAGCAUCAAGUCACCACGAAGAAAAUAUCACAAGAAAAAGAUGGUGCUAAAGAUCCCAAAUCACUAAGGGCAUCCAGUUCACUGGUGGUGCAAGGAGGAAAAAUUAAGCGCAAGUUUGUGGACCUGGGGGCACCUUUGCGAAGGAAUUCCAACAAGGGCAAGAAAUGGAAAGAAAAAGAAAAAGAAGCCAAUAGGUUUCCUCCAGGUAGCAGGAUCUUCAGAGGCAGGCUGGAACACUGGAAACUGAAGCCAUCCCCCACAGCGCAGGCCACCACCCGCUCACCAUGCAUGCCUUUCUCGUGGUUUAAUGAAAGCCGAAAAGGAUCCUAUUCCUUCAGAAACCUGCCUUCACCUACAAGUCCCCAUCAACCUUCUCCUGAAACUCUAAUUUCAGAUAAAAAGGGGUCCAAGAAUUUUACCUUCAACGAUGACUUCAGUCCCAGCAGCACCAGUUCGGCAGACCUGAGCGGCCUAGGAGCAGAACCCAAAACCACAGGACUCUCCCAGUCCUUAGCGCUGUCGUCAGAUGAGAGCCUGGAUAUGAUAGAUGACGAGAUCCUUGAUGAUGGACAGUCUCCCAAACACAGUCAGUGUCAGACUCGGGCCGUUCAUGAAUGGAGCGUGCAGCAGGUUUCUCACUGGCUAAUGAGCCUAAAUCUGGAGCAGUAUGUAUCUGAAUUCAGUGCCCAAAACAUCACUGGAGAGCAACUCCUGCAGUUGGAUGGAAAUAAACUUAAGGCUCUGGGAAUGACGUCAUCCCAGGACCGAGCAGUGAUCAAAAAAAAACUGAAGGAAAUGAAGGUAUCUCUAGAGAAGGCUCGGAAGGCCCAAGAGAAAAUGGAAAAACAGAGAGAAAAGCUGAGGAGGAAGGAACAAGAGCAAAUGCAGAGGAAGUCUAAAAAGACCGAAAAGAUGACAGCUGCCACAGAGGGCGCUGGUGAGCAGUAACGCGCACCCUCUGGCAGACCAGUCUCCCUUCUUCGUGCCCCACUCUCCUCAGGAGGAUGAAGGAACUGAGGGCAGGGGUGAUGUGCGCUAGGCAGGUGGGGGAACCACGUGUUGCGUAACUGCAUUUUCUGCAAUAAUAGAAUACAAUUUUAGUUUUCACCUACUGAAAUAAUCCCAAGCCACCUUUGGUUUCUUGCCACACCAAGGAUCUCCUUUGUGAAGGAUGCAACAGAGCUGUGUUUCUCUCUCUCUUACUUACCAUGCGCUUGUGUUGUGUUGGGUGGGUUGUGUUGCUUGGAGAAUGGAUGUUACCCUGCCCAACAAAAGCAUGACACCCCUGGUGUCAUUACCGGAGGGCCAUGAGUUUCUGGCCUGGGAAAUCCUGAUUCUGGGCAAUGGCACAUAUCUGCGUGGCCGAGAACACCCCUCUGCCAUGAGAUCUGGGCUCCAGAAUCUACCCCAGUGUGUGGGAAAGUUUCCCCCUCGUUUUUGUUGCUGGACAGUGAGACAACCCCACUGUAGAAACAGGCGUGCUCUGCCACGUGAUUACAUCCUGUGUAGAAAAGGCAAGCGAACUCUUCUAUUUGCCGGGCAUCAGAAAGAGAGAAAAGAAUUAUAGUUCUUUGUUAACCCCAGAAGGAAGCAAAAAACCUUAGGAAUGUGGAUGUGGGUAUUACCUUGGGGUUCUGAGGGUAACAUUUAUCCUCAGAUUUAGCCGAACAAAGAAAAAAAUCCAGCGUUAGCGCAGCCAUGGGGUAUUGGGAUCCAUUGUUUACUUUGCUACUGCUGCAUGGUCAGUAUUUCAGCAAUACUGACGCACAUAACGUAGUUCCUUCUUCCCCCAACAAAUUGAACAGGAAAUUGAUUUUUAAGGAAACCAGCAUUUCCAGGUUUCCUCUCCUGGGGAACAUUCUGGCUAGUCUUCAGCCUGCCUGUGACACAAUCAGGAACUUGUCACAUAUUUUCUACUUAAGAUUUCCCAAGUGGGCUCAGUUAGUGUUUUAACAAAUGUACUUUUAAGAAAAAUAGAAAUACCAGUUAGGGAAAAUUUAGAUUUGAGUAACGUUCAACCGGAGGAGCAAUUUUAUUGAGCGCACAGAAUGUUCCCGUAAAGGAGAGCUGACAGUUACAUUUUAGAGAUGUUUUGAAUGGUUUUUCUGAGCCAUUCUCUUUCAUUCUUUAGAGAUUUCCACUUUACAGUUAAAGUUUGUUUAAGAGAGUACACAGGAUACAGUCUACCAGUGGAGACAGUUAAUACUCAUUUUAAAGCCAGUAUUAAGGGUCUCAGUAUUUCAUCAAAUUAAUUCAAGUGUAGGGGAGACUAGGGCAGAAGGAGGAGAAAAUAAAUUCAUCUGGAGAGAUUUCAAAUGAUUGCUUGUUGUUUGUUGUUGUUUUGCUUUUUAUGCUUGUGUUUCUGGUUGUCUUUCCUGCAUUGGCUGUAAAAACGAGGUCAUCCACUUUCCAAGAGACAAAUUCCAAAAUAAGAGUUGAGGCCAGACAAAUUCUUGGACUCGUAUUUUACUUCCUUUACUACAUGGUGGGGGGAGUGGGGGGGAUGGAGUCUCUGUCCAUAUCUCACACUAGAAAUGUUGUAUGCACAGAGCUUGGGGGAGGCUUUUGAAGGUUCCAAGUCACAGAUAUGUAAGAGGGCUGUUGCCCAUAUAGCGUCAUCUUGUAUUUUGUGUAUUUUGAACAUUGUGAUUUUUUUUUUUUUUUUGCUUGCUUGAAUGAAUAUCUGAAAUCUGGGAUUGGCUAAACUAGAAAUUUAUUAUGCUGUCACUGGUACAGAUCAUUCAAAACUCAGAAACAUUGACAUAAGUUAAUAUUGUGUUUUACAAGGAUCAGAGGCAGCAUGUAUGUUUUUCUGACUAUCUUCAUUUGGGGAAUGAUUAUGAAACUGCCAUACUGGAUACUCUGUUAAUAUCUGAGAUGUGUGGUGCUUUGCUAUUUAUUAAUGUCAUGAGAAACAAGGAACCACCACUCUUCAUGAACUACAAAAUUCAGCAGAUCUUCUCUAAUACUAAAAGACUAAAUUAGUCAAAACCUGGGAAUACUAGUGCUUGCUCUUGUAAAUUUUGGCCAUUUUUGCUUAUCUUUGGGGGAGAAAAGGUGAUCUGGAUCACACUGGAAGUUUUUCUCUAUAUUCGUUUUAAGAGUGGAAAUAGAGGAGAAUUAUUUUAAGUUGUGUUUACACUUUGGUAUUAUUUGAAAAUGGAUGUAUAUACUGGAAAUGUCUGUAAGUCUCAGUCUCUGCCCAUAAUUUAUUGCAUUUUCUUAAGUGUCUUAAAAGUACUGUUCUUGAACUUUCUUUGUACACUUCCAACGUUUAGAUCAGUGAUCAACUGAAAAUAUUAUAAACCAAAUUCUUAUUCCUCAAAUCGCUUAGUUUGUAUUAUAACUAUUUUAAUUUGUUAAGUUAUGGUAAUUUUAGGUCUUAGCGAGUUACUUUAAUAUUAUUGCUACUUAAAACUGCUGAAAUUGUAAAAGGCACUCGAUUUGACUGUCCGGCAAAGGACAAAAUAUAAAGUGAUUGAUCAAAGAGUAUGAAAGCAAAGUGCAGGACCUCAGAUCAUAUGAACAUUUGGUUUUCAUAUUAUUUCUUUUCUUGACUCUAGUGCAUGAAGCCUCCCUGGGGCUCCAGUGUCUUCAACAACUCCUACUUUAAUGCCAGUGCUUUUCAGUGUCCAUAUGGUUUAACACAGAAUUGUUGCUUCAUGAGUCUUAAAGACUUUGCAGUUUUUUAUUUAUCAGAAAGUGAACAAAAAGGGAGUAUCUGGUUACUAUGAACUAUAUUCCCUAAAUGACAGCUCAGUGUGACUCUAACAACAGCCACAUUGUUUUGGGGUAUAGGUAAUGCUUUGGGGGUUAGGGAAUGUGUGGUGAGGCCAAGCUAUAGACAAGGGAGCAUUGUAUGAGCUGAAUGUCUAGGCAUGGGUUUUCCAUUAAAGGACUUUAGUUUUUAUAACAGAUUAUUUAAAACCAUCUCUCUUCAAGUAACUCAUAGCUUAUGUCAUAGUUUUCACAUUCUUUUUUUUUUUUUUUUCCCCUCCCUGAAUCGCAAGUGUACUUCAGAGUGACGCAUUAGGGCAGAAACUUGGUGUUGCCCAUUCUGAUACACUGAUGAAGUCCACCAUUAAUUUUGUGACAAUAAAGCUGUCAUUCUAUGCUAUCCCUCUUUAGCUGGGGUUGACAUGGAUUUCUGGCCCUCAACGUCAGAGAAGCAUUUUUUAACCCACGGCGGUUCAUGAUCGAAGAUGACAGUGCUCAUUCCACUGAGGGGCCUGAAAUGGAAACACCUGCUUUGUGCUUCUUUGUUGUUGUUGGAAACAAAGUGGCGAGAGGACAGGAGAGGAACCAAAUUAACUCCCACUGCUGCCUUUUAUCCCAUAGUCUCUCCAGCCCAAAACCUACCUGGCCCUUCAGCUCUUCCAGGUCCAAGCUCCCGUCACGGGUUGUGGGAUGUAGCCCCCUAAUUAGCUCUUAUGGUUUUGGCUAAAGACAAAGAAUUCUCGACUAGGUUUUUGUGUAAUAGGAUUAAUGUGCAUUAAAAUUAUAUUUUUAAAAGGUAAAUAGAAUACUGCAUUUAUGUGGAUAUUUGAACUCAAUUAUAAAUGUUAAAGGUUCUGUAGACCGAGCUUCAAGAGAAGAAACCCAGUGUUCAAAGAUCCUAAAGGGAGAUGUCCCAACAAUUCUAGAAGUGUCUUUAAUCUGGAUGUGUGGUAGCCCCUCAUUACGUUGACGCACUCAAGAAUUAUCAAAUUUCAUCUGAGCAGUUAAAUUUAUUGUCCCAGCAGGGCUCGGCUGAGGGGCAUUUCACUCUGGUGGGCAGCAGGCACUCUGGUUCAGGUCGCCUCGUUAAGCCUGAGUCCUCAGUGCUUUCCAAAUGAAAGGGGAAAUGGAAAAGAAAAGCCCAGGCUUUUUAAAAAUAUCUUUUCAAAUUUACCUUUGAUCAAGGAUCUACCUGUACACUAUUCUGAAGCUGAGCACUUAAGGAUGAAGUCCAGAAAUAAAAUGUCCAUAUUUUCCACUAGAAGCUGUUUUAUUAUGAUAAUGGAGGUGGGGAGUAAAUUCUCAAAAGAGAACAGUGUUGUAAGAAAUAUGAAUGUGCUUCAGUGACUCAUUCCUGAAAAACGGCCUGGGUGUAUUGGCAGAUUUUUUAAAAAGUAUAUUUGUCUUAGGUAUUUAAAGUCUCAGGAAGUUUAGUCUUGGUCCAAAACACUGGGGAAAAAAUAAUACUCAACAGUGCACCAGUAGUAUUUGAAUAAGUUAUAGUAGCAACCUAGACUAGAUCCAGCCAGGAAGUCAAGGGGCAAGGGAAAAGCUUACAGAAUCAAUUUCUCCAUGCAAAAUAAAAGCAUCAAGUUCUACCUUAUGGUAAACAGAGGGUCUUUAAGUGGUUGUGUGUGAGUGUCCGUGUGGAUGUGUUGAGGGAAUGGUGGUUACUUGAAGGCUCACAUACGUGAGUGGUGUGUGACCCACUUCCAGAUCUAGAGUGGGGAAGGAAAGAAAAGUGAUGAUUUCCAAUCCUUGGCCCUGCCCCAACCCCAACACUGCUAGAGAUUCAAGAAUGAAUAAGAGGUGAAGAAUAAGAGAACCAGAGGCAACUUGUCAAUAAUGUGCAUGCUGUGUGUGUAGAUGUACAGAGCUACAUAUGUGUGAAUAUAUUUCUACUUUACAUGCAUACAUGCAUACAUACAUACAUACGCAUGCACACACACACACACACACACACACACACACACACACUGCAAUCACAUGGCAUAAAAUAUAUAUAUAUAUUGUACAUGGAACUUGGUACUGUCAGUUAGGACCCCAAGCAGUAAUCAUAGCCUUAUUGCCACUGUGUGUGUGUGUACAUGGAAUGGCUCAUAAGAUUUUAAGAGAUUUUUUUAAUGUAAGUAUUUCUACUAAAUGCACUUAUCCUUCUACAUGUUUAUAUAUUUUGGUAAAAUUGAUUUAUUAGAUACUUGGUAUUUUAGUAAGAUAAAGUUUCCUCAAUGUUUAGUUAAUGCUUUGAUGUCAAGAUUGCACAUUGCUGAGUUGAACCUCAGAAACUUAUGCAGCUUUGGGCAUUUUCAACUGCGGACCGCAGUGUUCCUUGGCUAAAAAUUACUCCUGUGUUCUUGUGCAUUUGCUCAUGCUCUUCAGUGACGCACUUGCUAGCCGUGGUGCUUACACCACUAACUGCCGGCUCUCUGAUGGCAGUGUUGCCAUUGCACGGUCAUUUCUUUACUUUUUUUGUGGAGUGACAGCACGGUUAGGUCAUUGCCAAAUAUAACGCAAGUGGAUCUGAGCGUGAGUUAUGUUGUUGGAAGGUGUCCCCUUCUCUUUCUUUCAGCUGCUUUAUCCACACACCCAUGAAAGAACCAUUGGCCAAAAAAUAGUUACAUUACCCUGAAAAGGGGGAGUUAAUAGGCACUCCAGCUAGAUGACACCUACCAACAACAUGAGGUUUAGUUAGUGCUUUGCAAAACUCCUUAAGUAUAUGUGUGUAUAUGUUUUCCUUAAUAUUAUUUAUGGUCAUCACGAUCAUUGCUUUUGUAUUUUUUAAUGGUGUCGCAGUUAAACCACUAGUAAGUACAUCUGCUGCGUAUCACUAACGAAACCAGCCAGCUGAAAAGAGAAACGAGAGAAUGAGUUCUUUUCCAUUGUAAGAAGUUGAUUUAUUUUAAUCUUUCUUUAUAUAUCACUAAAGGAAAAGAGUUGUUUGAAAAUUAUUUUGAGUCCAGUAAGUAUGGAUAGCAUGUUAUCUGAAACUUUUAAUUUGUACAUUUUGGUGUGUGAUCAUUUGCAUGGAAGAGACAAUAGUGCCACGUCUGAAUUGUUCUCUUGUGCUUGGUUAAUAUGUACUUCUCUAGAUUGUUCUGUUUCAAACGACAUUUCUUACUCUUUGGUUUUCAGAGGCGUUCAAAGCAAAAUAUCACAAUGGUCCUCUGUUUUUCUGACCAAUCUAAAAAUACCUGUGAUUACAUUUAAUUUGUCAGUGUAAAUAAAUCUCUUGCCAAUGAGUAUUAUUGUUGUCAGACAACGAAUGCAAUAAAAAGAGAAAUACGGAUAUCUA